CCCGGCACUUGCUUUUCCCUCUCACAGGGAAGGGAAAGCAAAGCGUGCGCAGUAGCAGUGGCAGCACGUGGCAAUGGCGGGAGAGGCAUUUUAGAAGGGGAGGAGCGAGCCACCUGCCGGCAGCCGGGCUUUACGUAGCGAGACUCGCCUCGACCUGUCCGCAGGCAGGAGUUUCGAAAGCAGUCUUUUCCAGAGGCGCAAGAAGGGUUGAUUCCAGACGACACUGAAGAGAUCGGGUGAGGGAUGCUUUACCUCACCUUCCCCUCCAUGCCGUUUCACGUUUCCCUCAGCGAUUGCUAGGCGGCUUCCGCCGCGCCCGCCUCUCUCGACGUUAGCACCUUGAGUUUUAUGCGCGCAGCGGCGAAGCCGGAGAGCGCUUCUUCCCGCCAAGUUGGCCAUGACUCUGAACGGCUCCUCUGCCGCCGCCGCGGGAGGUAACCGCACCUUGUCUUCGUCGCCGAAUGGUGGCGGCGGCGGAGGCAGUGGCAGCAACAACAAUAGCGGUGGCAGCGAGCCCUUUUCUCUUUUCAGCCUGCUGGCGCUCAGCCUGCUGGCGCUGCUGACGGUGGCCACGUUCGUGUGGAACUUGCUGGUACUGGUGACCAUCCUGCGAGUGAAGACUUUCCACCGGGUGCCCCACAACCUGGUGGCCUCCACGGCAGUGGCCGACGUACUGGUGGCGGCGCUGGUCAUGCCCCUCAGCCUGGUGAAAGAACUGUCUGCCGGGCGGCGCUGGCGGCUGGGCCGCGAGCUGUGCCACGUGUGGGUCUCCUGCGAUGUUCUCUGCUGCACGGCCAGCAUCUGGAGCGUCACCGCCAUCGCCCUGGACCGCUACUGGUCCAUCACGCGGCACCUGGAAUACACGCUGCGGACCCGCCGCCGCGCCUCCAACCUCAUGAUCGGCCUGGCCUGGGCGCUAUCGGCCGUCAUUUCCCUGGCCCCGCUGCUGGGCUGGGGCGAGAGCGCCUACAUUGCCGAGCAGGAGCGCUGCCAAGUCAGCCAGGAGCCUUCCUACACCGUCUUCUCCACCUGCGGCGCUUUCUACCUGCCUCUCUGCGUGGUGCUUUUCGUCUACUGGAAGAUCUACAAGGCGGCCAAGUUUCGUAUCGGGGGGCGCGGCAGGAGGAAUGCCGUCAUGCCCCUCCCAGAAAUUGCACAGGUGAAAGAAGCUUCUCAGCCACAGAUGGUGUUUACAGCUCGUCAUGAAACUGUCACUUUCCAGACAGAUGGAGAAACAUGGAGAGAACAGAAAGAGAAGAAAGCAGCUAUGAUGGUUGGCAUUUUAAUUGGUGUGUUUGUGCUUUGUUGGAUCCCCUUCUUCAUCGCGGAACUAAUAAGCCCUCUCUGUUCCUGUACCAUAGCCCCCGUUUGGAAAAGCAUCUUCCUCUGGCUUGGUUACUCCAAUUCUUUCUUCAAUCCUCUUAUUUAUACAGCUUUUAACAAAAAUUACAACAAUGCGUUCAAGAACCUUUUUGUGAGGCAGAGAUAAAAAGAGUGACAGGGAAGAUGGCUGCAAGCCUUACUGGAUUGGCCUAAGCUGACUUAUGCAAAGUUUGUUAGCUAGUCCUGUUGAAACAUUUCACAAAACUAUGGGAAUUUAGCAAUAAGAAUGGUGAAAUAUCCAGGGCUGAGCAGAAACAUAUAUGGAUCUUCCAUUGCAAUGCAGAAGCGGAAGCCCAGAGCUGUCUACAGGUGAAAUAUCUAACCAUUGUAAAAGUCCUGCCCAAUUGGCUGCAACUCUCUAUGUAAAGUUUUGGAAGAGCAAAGAGUGUAAGAACCCAAAUCAAUCACAAAUUGUACUGCUUUGCCUAGUAAAGAUUAGACAUUUAAAAAGUAGCUCUACUUAUUGCCAGUUGUGAGUUUUAGUGUCAAAAAUAACUUUUACUACAAAGCAUUUAUGAUGAGAAAUAGAAAAAAACCCAAAACAAGAUGUCUAGGUAUUAUAAGACACAAAGUCUGAGAUAAGUAAAGAAACUGUUAGCAAAUAAAACUAAUAAAA